AUGAGGAAGUUGUGGGCUAUUGGCCUGUGCUUCGUCCUGCUAGCCUUUGUCUCUGUGAGAGCAGAAGAUGAAGUAGACAUUGAUGGAACGGUAGAAGACGACCUUGGAAAAAGCCGGGAAGGCUCAAGAACAGAUGAUGAAGUUGUAAGCAGGGAAGAGGAAGCAAUUCAGCUGGAUGGACUUAAUGCUGCACAAAUUAAGGAACUCCGGGAGAAAUCUGAAAAGUUUGCAUUCCAGGCUGAGGUUAAUAGAAUGAUGAAGCUGAUUAUUAACUCCCUAUACAAAAAUAAAGAGAUCUUCCUUCGAGAAUUGAUUUCCAAUGCCUCUGAUGCCCUUGACAAGAUCCGGUUAAUUUCUUUGACUGAUGAAACUGCACUUGCUGCUAAUGAAGAACUUACCAUUAAGAUUAAGUGUGAUAAAGAGAAGAACAUGCUGCAUAUAACAGACACUGGCAUUGGUAUGACAAAGGAGGAGCUUGUGAAGAAUUUGGGAACCAUUGCUAAAUCUGGAACAAGUGAAUUUUUGAACAAGCUCACAGAUGCCCAGGACUCUGGCCAGUCUACCUCUGAGCUGAUUGGACAGUUUGGUGUUGGUUUCUAUUCUGCCUUCCUUGUUGCUGACCGUGUAAUUGUGACCUCAAAACACAAUAAUGAUACACAGCACAUCUGGGAAUCUGAUUCUAAUGAAUUCUUUGUGACUGAUGAUCCUCGGGGUGACACAUUGGGAAGAGGAACAACAAUAACCUUGGUUUUGAAAGAAGAGGCAACUGAUUAUCUUGAAUUGGAAACAAUUAAGAACCUGGUCCGGAAAUAUUCUCAGUUUAUCAACUUCCCUAUUUAUGUUUGGAGUAGCAAGACUGAGACUGUAGAAGAGCCGAUUGAUGAAGAGGAAGCUAAAGAGGAGAAGGAUGAGGAUGCUGAUGAGGAAGCUGCUGUUGAGGAGGAGGAUGAAGAGAAGAAACCAAAGACAAAGAAGGUUGAGAAGACUAUCUGGGACUGGGAACUUAUGAAUGACAUCAAGCCCAUCUGGCAGAGACCAUCUAAGGAGGUAGAAGAGGAUGAAUACAAAGCCUUUUACAAGUCUUUCUCAAAGGAAAGUGAUGAUCCACUGGCUCACAUCCACUUUACUGCUGAAGGAGAGGUUACCUUCAAAUCCAUCUUGUUUGUGCCUUCGACAGCUCCUCGGGGUCUGUUUGAUGAAUAUGGCUCCAAGAAGAGUGAUUAUAUAAAACUAUUUGUCCGCAGAGUUUUCAUUACAGAUGACUUCCAUGACAUGAUGCCCAAAUACUUGAACUUUGUAAAGGGAGUGGUUGAUUCAGAUGACUUGCCUCUUAAUGUGUCUAGAGAAACCCUACAGCAACAUAAAUUGUUAAAGGUUAUAAGAAAGAAGCUGGUACGUAAAACUUUAGACAUGAUUAAGAAAAUUGCAGAAGACAAAUAUAAUGACAAAUUCUGGAAGGAGUUUGGCACAAAUGUCAAACUGGUGUGUGAUUGAAGACCACUCGAACCGUACCCGUUUGGCCAAGCUUCUCCGAUUCCAGUCUUCCAACCACAAGACAGAGCUCACCAGUUUGGAGCAGUAUGUUGAAAGAAUGAAGGACAAGCAGGAUAAAAUCUAUUUCAUGGCUGGUGCAAGCAGGAAAGAGGUGGAAUCUUCCCCAUUUGUCGAACGUUUGUUGAAGAAGGGCUAUGAAGUCGUCUUCUUGAUUGAACCUGUAGAUGAGUACUGCAUACAGGCCCUGCCAGAGUUUGAUGGAAAGAGAUUCCAGAACAUUGCCAAAGAAGGACUGAAGUUUGAUGAAAGUGAGAAGGCAAAGGAAGUACGUGAGGCCCUGGAGAAGGAAUUUGAUCCACUGCUUUCCUGGCUGAAGGAUAAAUCCCUGAAAGACCAGAUUGAAAAAGCUGUCCUAUCCCAGCGUUUGACACAGUCCCCAUGUGCACUUGUGGCUAGCCAGUAUGGGUGGUCUGGCAAUAUGGAAAGGAUUAUGAAGGCACAAGCAUACCAGACUGGAAAAGACAUUUCCACAAGUUACUACUCCAGCCAGAAAAAGACCCUUGAGAUUAACCCAAGACACCCUUUGAUAAAGGAAAUGUUACGGAGAGUACAGGAAAAUGAAGAUGACCAGACUGUAUCGGACCUCGCAGUUGUACUUUUAGAGACUGCCACUUUACGGUCAGGAUAUCAAUUACCAGAUACAAAGACGUACAGUGAAAGGAUAGAAAGAAUGCUGCGACUAAGUUUAAAUAUCGACCUUGAUGCCAAGGUUGACGAUGAGCCAGAGGAGGAAGAGGAGCCAGCAGCCGAUGAAGCAGAGCUGGAUGAUUCAGAUGAUGAUGUUGAAGAGGUUGAUGCAGAAGAGAAAGAUGAGACAGCAGAACAGACAGGCAAACAGGUUGGUGUCUUUGUAGGUUGUAACAAAUGUCACACAGGAAUGUUCAAUUUCUAUCACCCGAGACAUGUAGUUCCGGGCAGGUAG